AUGGAGAUUGAAGGGCCGGAGCUUGGACAAGUGCUGCAGGGUUGGUUGGAAGCUGUUGCAUUGAACAACUGGAGCAAGUAUGAACUUGUUUGCAUGUUAUCCUUUUGCCAAGAUCAAGAUUUGCCAGGGGAAGAGCAGCCUGAUAAGGCCGAGGCAUCUGCGACUGCAGGCCCAAUCCGGCGCAUGCCGCGCGGACCUCCCACAGCCAGCGCUGCCUGUGUGGGAGUUGACCGAGACCUCAUGAUUCUGGAGCGUGCCCGGCAGCGGGCGCGGCGCGCGGCGCAGAGGCCGCGGCGCAGUCAGCUGGAACAGCAGCUCAGCUUGGGGAUGGUUUUCAGAUUUCGCGGAGGGGCGAAGAUCGGGUUCAUCCCGGUGAGGGCGAUCACUUCAAAGGAUUCAGUGGAUGAAGGGACCUGGGAAGAGCGGUGGGCAUCGUCACCCGAGGAGAAGGAGGACGUUCAGACUUGUCAAGUUCAGUUUGAGCUUUAUAGUAGUUUGUCAGACGAUGACGAAAGUUUCGCACUGAGCCCUCCCGCCCUUCUGCCAGAGGUAGCUGAGCGCCGGAUGCCGAGUGGUGGUGGUGUUGAGUUGGGGUUCAGGAAACCUUGUUGCGAUGAAGACUUCCAGGCAGCCUGCAUCACAACAGAGAAGGACAGCGAACAACUUCGGUCAGUGGCCGAACUCAGCACAGUUCAAGAGUACACAGAGCGUCUUGCAUCUCAAAAUGCCAAGUUCAUCACCAAAGAGAAGGAUGCCAUCUCUUUUGGCUUGUCAGAUGAGGGUCUGAGCCUCUUGGAAAACAUGUUUGCAUCCAGUGGGUUUUGGGUUGGCUCAGUUGGCCGUGUUGAGAAUGGCUUAGAACUUCGAGUGAACGACCAUUUUGGGAAGAAGAUCCAGGUGCUGCGUGUCAACCAUAGGCAGGUGAGCGACCAGGAUGACUGGAUGAUUACUUUGCCCUCCUCCUUCCCGGUGCUGGAGAAGAUUUGCCGCCUGGCGGAGAGCGCUCAAGUUCCAGUCUUCCAGGGCGUCCACGCGACCGCCGCACGACCCACCGCGGGGACCGCGGUGACCGCGCCGGUGCUGCGACUGGUGAGCUCCGGGCGGCUGAUCGUCUCGUGGCGGCGCGAGGAGGUCACACAGCUCGGCCAGAAAGAUGAGCAAGAGAGGCUGAAGAAAGUGGUGGCAUGGAUGGAGAAGAAGCAGCCGACUCUCGUGGUGGAAGACUUCUCUGAACAAACUCCCAUUGCUCGUGUUAAAGCCCUGGCAACGGUGGCUGCUUGUGCAGUGUUGGUGUUGCCAAGAGGUGCUGAGAACUUCUCCUUGGCCAUGGUGCUUGCGGAGCUUUUGGAACAGGAGAUCCCCAUCAUCCUCGUCCAGUCCGACAGCUCAGGUGCUGAAGCUGCUGAAGCGGUUUCCUCACGCCUUUGGGGUGGCCUUCCGCAACUUUCAGCGAGCCUGCAGGCGGCCAGCUGCACCCGUCAGGCACUGGAGGAGCUCUUGAAGGCAUACCGAGCCUCUAGACCUUUCAUCCAUGGCUUCAUUGGCCGCGGCCAUCUGGAGGCGGAGCUCCACGAGGCACUCGUGUGCGCGCUGGCCGCGGUGACAUCGCUCAGCACAGUGGAGCUGCCGUUGGUGCGGUCGAGGACGCCAGUCGCCGCAAGCGCGCCCGAACGCCGUUGCUUGGUGGCUGUGGGGCAGCGCAGCCGUGCCAUGAUGAACUUGGUGGAGGAGGAGCUGAGAGAUUUGUGGCGCAGGGGCAACCUGGAGGAGGUGGGAAGAGAUGGCAAUGCUUUGAUUUUGCUGGAUGCUGUAGAUCCUGAGGCGCUGAGAGUUCUGCAGCAAGCCCAGGACGCUGCGCUGGCCGAUCCCCUGGCCGUUGUGCCGAGGCAUUUCUUGGUCCUCUUGCCCGGCUUGGCUGCGCCGAGCAGCCUCUGGCGUCAAACGGCGGUACCUUUGAGCUUGAUGCUGGGUGCUGGAGACCACGAACCCUUGGAGGGUUUGGCGAUAGGCCUUUGCUUGGGCGAUGCGCUGGAGGUGCGCGAUUGCUUGCAGUUCUUAGAGGCCCUGGCCACUGCGCCAUUGGCGCCGGCGGCCUUCCAGCUACAGCCGCUUCCACAAAAGCACUUGGCCCUGAGGCGUCAGGGCUGUCAAGACCUAGAUGGCCACUCCGUUGUGGCAUCCUUCUCCUUGUGGCCAGAGGGUCGGGAGGAGUCGCUUUUCCCCACGGAGUUGCUGAGACCCGACUUGCCUCCGAGCGUCGCUCGAGGAGGAGCUGCGUACCGCGUGUCCAAGACUCUCGUAUCGGGACAUCGUCUUUGGCACUUGGUUCUUGAUCCAGAGGGCGAGGCACAGCUGCUGAAGCGCGCGGCUGGCGACUUCGCGGGUCGCGCCGCUGGGGCCUUUACCUUUCGCGGCGGGCGACGGCACGGUGCCGCGACGGAUUUGUGGCAGUUGGCAGAGGAACUACUUCAACGUGAAGAGUUCGAUGAUGAGUCCUUUGAAGAAGAAUCCGACAUGUCCUCGCCUGGGCACGAAGACCCAGAUGCAGCCUCAGGUUCUGCAGCACUUGAGGACGAUGAUAACGAACCAGCCAUCUCAAGUGCAUCAGAGGCUGCAGAGCCUCACACCCUUGGGGGCCAAACCCACCAUCUUGAUGCAAGAGCAGAUGCGCCAGCAGCGUCCGAAGAACAGCGGGAACACCUCGAGUCCGAGCCAGAAGAGCUGGAGGAAAGCGAAAAACAAUGCACAGAUGCAUCAUCCUCAGAGCCCGCACCCCUACAACCCGCAGCGCGUGAUGAGCAAACGCAUCCUCCUGUUACAGUAACUACAGUUGUGAAUCCACCAGGUUCAUCAUCAGGGGCACCGGAGGUAAAGGAAGAACGCCUCGCUGAGCCAGCUGCAGAUGCCUUGGAAGCACCCUCAGAACCUGCAGCGCGUGAUGAGCAAACGCAUCCUCCUGUUCCAGUUGUGAAUCCACCAGGUUCAUCAUCAGGGGCACCGGAGGUAAAGGAAGAACGCCCCGCUGAGCCUGUUGCAGAUGCAGUGAAAGCACCCUCAGAACCCGCAGCGCGUGAUGAGCAAACGCAUCCUCCUGUUCCAGUUGUGAACCCACCCGAAGGAGAGCCAGGAGAACCUGCGGUAAAGGAAGAAAACCCUGCUGAGCCUGCUGCAGAUGCCUUGGAAGCACCCUCAGAACCUGCAGCGCGUGAUAAGCGUAAGUGUCCUCCUGUUCCGGCUGUGGAUCCACCAGAAGCAUCAUCAGAGCCAGGGGCACCUGAGGAAGAGGAAGAACGCCCCGCUGAGCCUGUUGCAGAUGCACUGGAAGCACCCUCAGAACCUGCAGCGCGUGAUGAUCGAAAGCGUCCUCCUGUUCCAGUUAUGGAUCCACCAGAAGCAUCAUCAGAGCCAGAGGCACCGGAGCGCGUGAUGAGCGAAAGUGUCCUCCUGUUCCAGUUGUGGAUCCACCAGAAGCAACAUCAGAGCCAAGAGCACCUGAGGAAAAGGAAGAACGCCCCGCUGAGCCAGUUGCAGAUGGAAUGGAAGGACUCCUAG